CAUAGAGGAUGCAUAGGAUUGCUCUAUACGACUUACCAAUCCCCUCCGAAACCGCCCCAAGCAAACAGGGAUAGGUCAAGACAUCAACAGCUUAAGAGUUACCCAUGAAGGUUGAGUUCCAAUCUUGGUAUGGUGCGCCGUACAGCUCCUGCCCGCUCGAACAGGGGCGGGGCAGCUCGUCGCCGUCAAACCAGACGUCAGGAACGAGACGAUGAGAUCCCAGAAGUGUACCGGGAGAUGCUGGCUGAAGCUGAAGCCCGGGAAUCCCAAGAAGCUGAAGCGGGUAGAUCUAAUAAAAGGCGGAAAGUGGGAGAGCGAUCGACUAGCCCGUCUCGCCCAGAACCUGCAGGGCAAGAAGCGAACCCGCCGGAAACAAGUGAGGAUGUAGGAAGGCAAAUACAAACUGCAUAUGACUCUACUGCUUCGGAAGAGUCAGAUAUGGAGUGGGAAGAAGUCGAUAUUCAACAGGCUCCGUCAAACUCAAUCCAAACGGUUCCUUAUUCCGCAGAUGAACCGCUUCAGAUCACUUUGGACCAGCAUAAGGAUACUGGGAAAAGGAUUGUCUCGCGGCGAAAACCAGUUACUGGAGCUGAGAAGAAGCUACGGUUAGAUGUCCACAAGGCUCACCUUCUUUGCCUUCUUGGCCAUGUACAUAUCCGAAAUCUCUGGUGCAAUGACGAGCUCGUGCAGGGUUUUCUUAAGCAGAUGCUACACAGAAAAGUCAAAGACUUGCUGAAUCCGGCAGAAGACAAACCGCAGUAUACUAGAUCUAUCACUUUCGUUGACGGGUUAAACCAGGCCAGCGAGGCAUUUGCAAGAAGAUUCAAAACCAUCAAGCCCGGCUUGCAGCGUGCUCAUUGGGCCGAUGAUUUGAACUCCUUGAAUCAGAGAGUGGAGGCAAUACUGUCCAACGCGGAGGUACUGCUAUCGCGAGACGACUUCAGGAAGCAAGCCGAGACACUGCAAGGAUCCCGUGAUUUUGGCACACAGCUUUUCUGUGCUCUGCUGCGGUCAGUAGCUGUGGAGGCCCGGUUGGUUUGCUCUUUGCAGCCGCUGCCAUUUUCUGGUGCGACAACAACUGGGCCGAAAAAGCCAGAGUCGCAGUCUAUUAUCAUUUCAGCCUAUGACAAUGAAGUUGAUGAGCAAUCACAAUCCGAUGCUACUCGAAAUCCAGCUCCACGAAAAAGAAGGCUUGGGCAGCCGCGGUUUGCACCGUCAUCUAAGGCCCCGAAGACAUCUGUGCGCACAGGACCACGCCCAAGCCUCAAAGAAUCGUCCUACCCCGUAUUCUGGGUCGAAGCCUACAACGAUGCGGUCCAGAAAUGGAUCCCUGUUGACCCCUUGGUGACCAAGUCACUUGCGAAACCUUCCAAAUUCGAACCCCCCGCUAGUGACCAGUAUAAUGUCAUGAGCUACGUUGUUGCGUUUGAAGAGGAUGCAUCAGCAAGAGAUGUUACCCGGCGCUACGCAAAGGCCUUCAGUGCAAAAACCCGCAAAUUACGAGUUGAGAGUACUCGGAAUGGGGAGCGAUGGUGGGGAAGGGCGCUAAGAUACUACGAGAAGCCGUUCUUGGAGGACCGUGAUGGAACAGAAGUGAGCGAGUUAACCGCCAAGGUGGCUGCUGAGCCCAUGCCACGAAAUGUGCAAGACUUCAAGAAUCACCCAAUUUAUGCACUCGAGCAGCAUCUUCGUCGGAAUGAGGUCGUUCACCCGAAGCGAGUGAUUGGGCAAGUUAGUUUAGGGAAAUCUGGCUCGAAGGGCCAGAAAUUGGAGCCAGUUUACCGUCGCACUGAUAUUCACGCUUGUCGAAGUGCGGAUGGAUGGUACCGUCUGGGACGAGACAUCAAAAUCGGCGAACAACCUCUCAAACGUGUUCGGGCAAACCGAAACAAAUUCAGCAUCAAUGACGAUGGUGAAGAUGAUGGCACUACCGAGGUCCCUGUAUAUGCUCACUUUCAGACAAACGUAUACAGACCUCCACCCGUCGUUCAAGGUAAAAUACCCAAGAACGUCUACGGAAAUCUGGAUAUUUACACGCCAACUAUGGUUCCGCCAGGUGGUUUCCACAUAAACCACCCCGCCGCAUCCCAAGCAGCGAAAAUACUCGGCAUUGACUAUGCCGACGCCGUAACAGGCUUUGACUUCAAAGGGCGCCAUGGAACAGCGAUUAUUCGGGGUGCUAUCAUAGCAAGUGAAUACCGUGAAGCUCUUGAAGAAGUAUUGAAUGGUCUUGAACACGAACGGUUGCAGGCUGAGCUGGAAGUAAAAUCCGCAGAAGCGCUUGGAAUGUGGAAACACUUCCUGCUCAAACUUCGGAUCGCUGAAAGAGUCAAGGGCUAUGCUGUUGAGGGUGAAGAAGGGGAAGAUGAAACUGCCAUUGAUGCAGACGAUGCCAGCUAUGGAGAGUCGGAAGAGGGCGGCGGUGGCUUCUUUCCGGAGCCAGAUCAAGCUGUCAGCAGCCGACGUCCGGUAUCCACUUUUAGGGAUGGUAUGGAGCCGGACUCGCCUGUGUAUGUAGGCGGAGGUUUCGUACCAGAAUCCGGGUUUGAAGAUGAUGAAGCUCUUGGCGGAGGCUUCGAACCAGAACCCGAUUUCGAAAAUGAUGAAGCUCUUGGCGGAGGAUUUAUACCUGAAGAGACUCCGCAGGAUACAACUGAACCACAGCCUUUGCUGCCGUCAAAUACUGUCGGUGAUACAGAGUAUACGAAUACGGCACAUAGGAAGGAGCCUUCCCACUUUAACCUCGUUGUUGUCCCACACAAGCAGCCUGAUUCUGCUGGCAACAUGGGCCCCGGUGGCAGUGUCCGCAGUACCGUUGAAACUGCAUCACUCAUGCCGGAAAUUCAAGAGGAAACUCCUGGACAGGAUGUAUUCAAGGACAAUGGCAAUCCACCCGGUACAGUUUCAACAGACCCAACAGCAACAGAGGACCCAGAGGUUGUGAGCGAGGAAGUAGCUCCAAGGGAUGCAUUACCAGCACAAUCAAGAGCAUCCCAGGAAGACAAUCCAAGCGAACACAGCGAUAAUGAAGAAGGUUCACUGUUGUCGGAGGAUCCUGAAGACGAGGAUGCAAUUCCAGAGUGGUUGAUGUAGGCUCUUCGACCAGUUCCGUGUACUAUAUUUGCAUAUAUGUUGAAUACUAUAACCCACUGUGCAGAGC